UUACUUAUAGUCCCUUACCUUAACCUCCGAGCCAAGUGGCAUACUCCUACUCCAGCUCUCAACCUAUUUGUGACCUUCACACACGUACUUACAAACUUGUGGAAAGGUGCCAGUCAGUUGGCACAAAUACUAGAGAGGCGCUAUCUCAACUCUGAAUUCUGACUUCACCUCGUUCCAUAAGAUUUGAUUACGGGUGACUGUAAACACACCGACAGGCAGGUCUCUCUCUGUGAGAGUGCGUGUGUGUGUUUACCCCGUCUCUGCUCUCAGUCGGGUCCUCCUGAAACUAAUUGCAGUCUCUUUCUCUCUCCCUCUCUGAGUGACAGCGAGGAUUUCGCUUCGCCUGGAGCGACGUCACGCCGAGGUGGAAGGAGACCAGCGCAUUUUUCCUGCCUUUAUCAUCCAAAGAAAACACUCUGACAGAGUGUGCGGCAGAGACGCCUUCUCUACCUGCACCCGGUGGGCACCGACAACCGUUUCACCCGCUUCACCAGUGCGCCAGUGGAGCGGAGCGCGCGCAAAGGGCAACUCGCUGCAUCAGUAAAAUACAGUUCCAUCGUUCAGAAAUGCGGCAAUGCUCUUCUUUUUCUUCUUCUCUGUUUCGUUUAUUGUGCCAUUGUUUAAAAAAUCCCCAGAGCGUGGCGAGAAUCUGAGCGUCUUCACAACCGGAGCUUUUUACGUGCGCCUUUUUUUUUCUUUUUUUUUGCGCUCAUAUCAGACUUCAGUAUUCUCCUUCCUCCUCGGACCGCUUUGAGAGCAUGUAAUGCCCUGCGACUGACAGAGCAGAAAGACAAUGAAGAGGUUAACCACACCUUUGAAAGCGGACAUCUCUUCAUUAGCCUCUUGACCAACUUUGUUGCGCAUUAAGAUGCGCCCGAGAGAAGAGGAGUUGGAUUUUUGCGCUCUUGUUGAUAGACCGUUUCCAGAAAACAACGACCUCUUAUGUAUUUAAGAAACCAUCAAACUCGGUGUUGGCUGAGUUCGUCACUUUAAACUUUUGCUGGGGGAUCUACUUGAGGAUUUGCAGCGUUCAUCAUGACGAUUCGUCUAUCACGGAUCCAACUGGCCCUCUUCUUUAUCUUGCUUUGCCCGGUCAAUAUCAUCGGACUCUGGUGGGCGGUGGGCAGUCCACUGGUCAUGGACCCCAACAGCAUUUGCAGGAAGGCGAAGCGUCUGGCGGGGAAGCAGGCUGAGCUCUGCCAGACUCAGCCAGAGAUCGUCAGCGAGGUGGCCAAGGGAGCCAGGCUGGGUGUCAGGGAGUGCCAGUACCAGUUCAGGUAUCGUCGGUGGAACUGCACCAGCCACAACAAAUACUUUGGCAAAAUACUGCAGCAAGAUAUCCGGGAGACAGCAUUCGUCUAUGCCAUCACAGCGGCUGGGGUGACACACGCUGUGACCCAGGCCUGCAGUAUGGGAGACCUCCUGCAGUGUGGCUGUGAGGCCACCAGGAACAGAGCACCUCCCAGGCCACCAUCCUCCUCCACCUCCUCCUCCACCUCUUCCUCCUCCCUCUCCUCCUCUUCCUCGUCUGGGGAAGGCGUCAAAUGGGAGUGGGGGGGCUGCGGAGAUGAUGUGGAAUUCGGUUAUGAAAAGUCAAAACAGUUUAUGGACGCCAAAAGGAGAAGGGGCAAGAGUGACAUCAGAACGCUGAUUGACCUGCACAACAACGAGGCUGGGAGGCUGGCAGUGAAGCUCUACAUGCGGACUGAGUGCAAGUGCCACGGACUGUCGGGCUCGUGCACGUUGCGCACUUGCUGGAAAAAGAUGCCUCAUUUCCGUGAGGUGGGCGACCGCCUGCUGGAGCGCUUCAACGGCGCUUCCAAGGUGAUGGGCGGCAACGACGGCAAGACCCUGAUCCCCGUUGGCCAGAACAUAAAGCCGCCGGACAAGCAGGACCUGAUCUACUCGGACGAGUCCCCCGACUUCUGCCUCGCGAACCGCAAAACGGGUUCCCUGGGAACGAGGGGCCGCAUGUGCAACAGCACAGCGAUGGACAUAAGCGGCUGCGAUUUGCUGUGCUGCGAGCGGGGCUACCGGGAGGAAACCGUGGUGUUUGAGGAGAACUGCCUGUGCCGUUUCCACUGGUGUUGUGUCGUCCAGUGCAAGAAGUGCUUGGUCCGAAAAGAGCUUAGUCUGUGUCACUGAUGAACGGAGGCUGAGGGCAGUCACAUUUCUUCUUGGUUCAUUAUAACUACUUCUUUCUGAGGUUCUUGCUUUAGACUGGCUAGUGUGAAAGAAGAAAAGGACUUCAAGGGGAGCCUUGUUAUUUUAUAUUUUUUCCACUUUCAGAUAAGGCACACCUAAACCUUUAAAUUAAAUACUAGUCAAUCUCUUUUAGUUUCUUGGAAUUUUGAAGAGCAAUAGGUCCCGGCCAACACUUCAAAAAUAGCCAGAUAGAAGCAAAUCCAGUGCAGACCAAAGAAAACCAUACACAACACCAGAAAUCCAAAUAUGUUCCUUUGUUAAACUACCUAUUGUUUGUUUCUUGUUUGUGUAAAAGGACCAAAGAAUGUUCCAUUUCAUUGAAAACGAGCCUAACCCUAACCCCAACAUGCAUGGAGGAUCCGGCUGGUACAGUUUGUGUCCCUUUAAAUCACUACCAGUUCAACAACAGAGAGUUGGUCUGAGCUCCAAAGUGUGAGACAAAAAUGAGGAUGCGUCCACCAAAAUUCAAGGCCACACUGACUAUGACCAUAUAAACAUUAGUUUCUUUUGUACGUUCUCUUAUUUAAUGUUCUCUGGAGGCGUUGCUUCCUGUCUACAAUAUGCUGUAAAACCAACUGAACAAUUCAAGAUCUCAUUAUGGCCCAAAUACCAAAACUUUCAUUUUAAUUUGACAUAUGUGGUGAUAGAAUGGCUGUUAUGUGAAGGUGUAGCAGACUCAGAUCAACUUUACACUUACCACCCAAAAUCCAUUUUACUAAACAUAAAAAAUAUAUAUAUAUAUACAGAACAAGGACAACAAAUGCAAAAAAGAUGCUGGUCUUGACUUUUUCUGAUUCUGCGUCAGUACAACGCAUACAAAGGGAAAUGGUAUCUCAUUAUUAUAAUUGAAGAACGCUGUCAACACCAUGCCUUACAGGUGCAGACUUGGCCCGCCGGCGAAGACACUUAUUUAUAGAACAAUAUGAUGACAAGACUACUUCUACCGCUUCCAUCCCUCUCAGAAGCACUUUGGAUACAACAGCUGCCAUGGACUUCCUCAACAGCUCGGCAGUAAAGAAACCUUCUGGGGUUGACUGAUUUCUGCUAAACCAAAAGAGAAACCUUUAAUUUCAAGACAUGUUUCGAUUUCAAGAAAAUGUAUGUGAUGUAUUUUGUUGAUCUAUUAUGAUAUACAGGGCUAAUGUAAUAAUGCACUUUGGAUGUUAGCUUUUAUUUGAUACUGGAGGUGCAUGCGUGUUUGCCUGUGUGUGUGUGUGUGUGCGUGUGUGUGUGUGUGUGUGUGUGUGUAUGAAAGGGAGUGUGAGUGACCAUGUGUUCGUGCAGGUUGGCCAGUUACCACCAUAUCCUUCAGUGGACAGUAAUGUUGUAUGUAUCUGUUAGUUGCUGUCCGACGUUAAACUGCAUCAUGCUGGUUAUUGAAAGCACACUGCUCUUUGACUCUCUGUCUCUUAGCGGGACAGACAAGCUCUUUGAUUCGUCGCUCGUUUCUCUUCCCGUAAACCUAUCACGUCAUCUCAUUUACACUUUUUUUUUUAUUAUCCAACAAUGUACAGUAUGUAUACUGAACUAUAAGGCUACGUUGCUUCAACUUGUUCUGUUAAUUUUUGUGCGUGUUUGAGGAGUGUUCAGGUGGGAUCUUAUCUUACCUUUGAUGAUUUAGAGUCCGCUCGUUUUGAUCCUGCUGUCGGGCGGUGUACCGUGACACAGAUCUGGAAGACGUUCCCAAAGUUACAUUGUUGCUUUCACUGUCUGCUGUACGACGGCAUUUUGCGGGGCCAAAAUCAAACGACCAACUUUACUAUUAACUAUUAAUUACUGUCCAGCUGUUAAUGUUAGCGUUCACUUUAGGCCAUUAUAGUAACUUUAGCUUGGAGUGACAUUCUUCAUCCAUGUUUUAUGUCUGAAGACCUGCGACGGAAAAGCCAAAGCUGUAACAUUUUUGCAAUAAAUACAUGGAGCAUAUCCAUCUUAAAUUGUUUCUGAUGUUUGAAUAUGAUUCUCACCAGGUUUAGUGAAAACACUACGAAAGCGAGCUCAAGCAAGAUGGGUGUUUUUUGCAGAACAAAAAUGUGAAAGCAGUGACAAAAAGAAAUUGCGAAACUGCUAAUUCAACCCAUGUUUAACUAUCAAAUCUUAUAUGAUAUAUUUUUUAUUUUAAAUUAAUUGAUCCUAUGUCACUCCAGAUUUGUCUCUGUGCUUCAGCGUUGUAUUUUGGAGAAAUCAGUUUAUAUGUGGAUGUUACACUGCAAUUUCAUUAAACAUAAGUGUCUAAAGUGA